AUGGAUGCAGCACAUUGCUAUCUCGAAGGAAACGCAGACGCCGUAGAAUUCUGUCCUCAUGAACCCUACUCGAACUUGCUUGCAGCUUCUACUUACAAUCUCCAAGAAGGAGACUGUCCCUCUCGAUCCGGGUCUGUGUAUCUAUUUGAUGUCGGAGAAGUAGAAGAUGUCGGCUUGAAUCUGUUACAGAAAGUUGACACCGCCGGAGUUUUCGAUAUCCGGUGGAGUCGCGGUGGCGAUGGUGGAGGAAACGUGGCGCUUGCUCAAGCUGAUGCUGAUGGAUGCUUGAGAGUUUACAAGAUAGAUGAGACUGAAGAUAAAGGUUACACUCUGAGAGAAGUCUCUGGUGAAAAAAUCAGCUCAUCAAUGUGUCUUUGUUUGGAUUGGGAUCAAUCUUCAACAUCAGUUGUAGUAGGUUUAUCUGAUGGCUCUGCUUCAGUUGUUUCAUUUACUGAUUCCAACUUAGAAACAGUCCAAGAAUGGAAAGGACAUGAUUUUGAGCUUUGGACGGCUUCAUUCGAUCUCAACAAUCCUAAUUUGGUCUAUACUGGAUCAGAUGAUUGCAAGUUCAGCUGUUGGGAUAUCAGAGAUAGUCCGGCCAAUAAUCGGGUUUUUCAAAACUCCAAAGUUCAUACAAUGGGUGUUUGCUGCAUUUCCCCAAACCCAAGUGACCCUUACUCUAUAUUCACCGGAAGUUAUGAUGAAACGUUAAGAGUUUGGGACACGAGGUCUGUUUCGAGACCUGUGAAUGAAACUUCGGUUUCUCUAGGUGGAGGUGUGUGGAGAAUCAAGCACCAUCCUUCUCUGAGCGGUGUUGUAUUGGCGGCUUGUAUGCAUAACGGUUUUGCUGUAGCGAAGAUUAGUGAUGGGAAGGGUGAAAUAAUAGAGAGUUAUAACAAGCAUGAAUCUCUUGCUUAUGGAGCAGAUUGGUACAGAGGGAAAGAUCAGAAGCAAAGCGUUGUGGCAACUUGCUCGUUCUAUGAUAAGCUUCUUCGAUUAUGGAUGCCAGAAACUGCAUUUGAGCUCUGA